UCAGGAAAUUGUUUGUAAGUGCAUGAUCACGUAUAAUGGCUUCUACAAGUGUGUUUGCAAAUGGCCAAAUGAAGAAGCCCCUUUUCUCUUUUGGGGUUAUAUCUGAUGUCCAGUACGCUGACAUUCCAGAUGGCCACUCAUUCCUUGGCAUACCAAGGUACUAUCGGCAUAGCCUUCUGGUUCUGCAAAGGGCUGUUGAUAAAUGGAACAACCACAAGGAACUCAAAUUCUCUGUGAACUUCGGUGACAUAGUUGAUGGAUUCUGUCCCAAGGAGAAAUCACUAGAAACAAUGCAAACUGUCAUCAAGGAAUUCGAGAAAUUCAAUGGCCCUGUAUACCACAUGAUUGGCAACCAUUGCCUCUACAAUCUCCCAAGGUCUAAAUUAGUGCCACUGCUGAAGAUGCCGGCUAACCAUGGUUGUGCAUAUUUUGAUUUUUCCCCAUACCCUGGGUACCGAUUUGUUGUGUUAGAUGCCUAUGACAUUAGUGCCAUAGGUUGGCCAAAGGAUCACCCCAAAACUAUGGCAGCCAUGAAAUUUUUGCAGGAAAAGAAUCCGAAUGCUGACAAGAAUAGUCCAAGUGGCCUGUCCGGUCUUGAAAAGAGAUUUGUAAUGUUCAAUGGGGCUGUUGGAAAGGAACAGUUGACGUGGCUUGACAACAUUCUUCAGGAUUCCACCAGACAACAGCAGAAUGUGAUUAUAUGUUGUCAUCUUCCUCUGGAUCCUAAUGCAGCUGCAGCUGAGUCACUCUGCUGGAAUUAUGAUGAGGUAAUGGAAGUAAUUCACAGAUACAAAUGUGUCAAGGCAUGCUUGGCUGGGCAUGACCAUAGAGGUGGGCACUCUCUUGAUUCCCACGGGAUACAUCACCAUGUCUUUGAAGCUGCUCUAGAGUGCCCUCCGAACACAAAUGCAUUUGGUUAUAUUGAUGUCUAUCAUGGGAAGAUAACACUCUUCGGCAUUGACAGGAUGGUGACGGUGGAGAUGCUGUUCAAUUAAUUCAUGACCCACUAUAAGAUGUUACUUCGUAUUUGGUGUAUCCUGUUUCUUUGUGCUGGCUGUAUAUUGACCACAUGCAUUGACAACCUAUUUCCAGUUGAUAACUGGUUAUAUGCUGUGCAGGAGGAACUUAUGACUAUUGUAUUCGAUGAAAA